UGUGGCAACGUGUCAGCUUCGGUUGGCGCUUUGACAACUGGAUGAUAUCACGAUGCGCGCGCUAGUGACUGAGACGGCCCUUUUCUCGACGGCGCUAGCGAGAGCGCCCGCCCCACUACGAUUCCCAUUCCGACCGCCACGCCCUCUCCGCGACCUCCGCCUCCGCCGUCCCGCGCCGCCUCGCCACUGGAGAACGGCCAUGGCCGCCGCCACGUCGGAACUCCCCACCUCUGGGGACUGGUACUCGGUGCCGGAUCUGAGCCUCCGCGACCAUCGCUUCAUCGUCCCCCUCGACUACUCCGCCACCGACGCAGCCUCUUCCGCCGCUAAGAUCACUGUCUUUGCCCGCGAGGUCGUCGCCGUUGGGAAGGAAGCACAACCGUUGCCUUAUUUGUUAUACCUACAAGGUGGACCUGGAUUUGAGAGCCCUCGCCCAAUAGAUGCUGGUGGAUGGCUGAAGAAAGCAUGCGAAGAAUAUCGAGUUAUCUUGCUAGAUCAGCGGGGAACAGGUUUAUCAACUCCUUUAACAGUCUCAUCUCUUUCACAAGUGACUUCUGCAGUGAAGCUGGUUGACUACUUGAAACAUUUUCGAGCAGAUAAUAUAGUGAAGGACGCUGAGCUUAUCCGCAAACAUGUUGUCCCAGAUUCUGGACCUUGGACAGUUUUAGGGCAGAGCUACGGUGGAUUUUGUGCAGUUACCUAUUUGAGUUUUGCUCCAGAAGGCCUGAAGUCUGUUCUGUUAACUGGUGGGAUUCCGCCAAUUGGAAAAGGCUGCACUGCAGAUACUGUAUACAGAGCUUGCUUUGAACAGGUUAUUCAUCAAAAUGAAAAGUACUACAAGAGGUUUCCUGAGGACAUUGCAAUUAUUGGUGAAGUUGUAAAGUAUUUGACUGAAACUGAAGGUGGAGGGGUACCACUUCCAUCUGGUGGUAUUUUGACCCCCAAGGGGUUGCAAACUCUUGGAUUAGCAGGUUUAGGUUCUGGUGGUGGUUUUGAACGUUUGCACUACCUGUUUGAAAGAGUCUGGGAUCCUCCACUAGUUCCUGGUGCGCAGAAGCGUAUAAGUUACUACUUCUUGAAGGCUUUCGAGAGCUGGAUAGAGUUUGAUACGAAUCCACUUUAUGCUCUUAUGCAUGAAUCCAUAUACUGUCAGGGUGCUUCUUCUCAAUGGUCAGCUCAUAAAAUAAGGGGUGAAUAUGAGAGCAUGUUUGAUCCAUUGAAAGCUGCUAAAGAAGGCCGCCCUGUAUAUUUUACUGGAGAGAUGAUAUUUCCAUGGAUGUUCGACGAAAUUCAUGCUCUAAGACAAUUCAAGGAAGCUGCUCAUUUGUUGGCUGAGAGGGAUGACUGGCCUCCAUUGUAUGAUGUUACCAGACUAAAUAAUAAUCAGGUUCCAGUUGCUGCUGCUGUUUACUAUGAAGACAUGUAUGUCAACUUCAAUAUUGCAAUGGAAACAGCUUCUGAGAUUGCAGGGAUCAGGCUUUGGGUAACUAAUGAAUAUAUGCAUUCCGGGCUCCGUGAUGGUGGCUCGCAAGUUUUUGAUCAGUUGAUGGGAAUGCUGCAAGGAAAAAAACCUUGUUUUUGAUUGUCGAUCCCAACCUUCUGGUGAUGUCAGCCAUUUUAUUUCCCAAUGACCAAACAAUCUCUUCUCGUUCAUAUUCCAAACAUAAAUCAUUCAGGUGGUGCUAGUACGCAUAGAUUUCAUUUACAUAAUGGUGAUAAUUUCAGAUUGGAAUGGUCUAAGUCUGCAACUUUGAUGUAUCAUACCUAAAUCCAUAGAGCUGGCUGUAAUCAAUCUGAGCUUCUUGUCUGAAUCUGGACUAUUACUAAUAUCUGCUGAUGAUGGCCAGUUAACUC